AUGGCGAGCACCGGCACUCCUUUUGACGUGCAAGAACUGAUGUCGAGGUUUAUGUUUGACCUGGCUACUAUGUCUCUCUUUGGUGUGGAUCCUGGCCUCCUAUCAUUAGACAAACCACCCAUGGACGUUGUGGUUGCUCUGAACACAGUCAUGGAGGUGGAAUUUUUCCGGCACACCAUGCCAUCUUCUUGCUGGAAAUUAAUGAGGUGGCUAAACAUCGGUCCCGAAAGAAAGCUCUGCACAGCGCACAAAGUGCUACGAAGGUUCCUCGUGGAGAUGAUGGAGAGGAGGAAGAUGGAGAUGAUGGAGAGGAGGAAGAUGGAGAUGAUGGAGAGGAAGAUCAACACAUGUCAUUUUGGUAGUGACGACGAACAAGAUGGUGUGGAUAUUAUGUCUUCCUACCCAAACUACGUUGACGAUGACUUGUCCUAUGCCAAGAACAUUGGCUACAUGCUCGCUGCAAGGGACACAAUUGGAACAACCCUGACAUGGAUUUUUUACAACCUUGCCCAGAACCCAAACAUUGUGUCAAUCAUCCGGAGUGAACUCUGGCCCAUUGCAUCAUGCAAAGUAGCAUCCAGUGUGGAUGCCAUGAUGAUCUUCGAGCCGAACGGAAUCAAAUCUCUAGUCUAUCUGAGAGCCGUCUUGUACGAGACUCUUAGGUUGUACCCACCGGCACCUUUCGAGCGCAAGACGGUGGCCGCCGAUGAUAUUAUGCCGAGUGGCCAUGAGGUGCGCACCGGUGACACCAUCCUUAUUUCUCUCUACUCCCUGGGAAGAAUGAAGGGCGUGUGGGGUAAUGCCUGUCUCAACUAUAACCCAGAUAGGUGGCUCUCGGAAGAUGGAAACAAUCUGAGGUACGUACCAUCUCACAAGUUCUUAGCCUUCAACUCGGGCCCUAGGAUAUGCCUUGGGAAGGAAAUUGCGGUUAUGCAGAUGAAGACCGUCAUCGCCUCAGUGUUGUGGAACUUUGAUGUGGAGGUGAUGGAAGGGCAAAGCAUCCAGCCCAAGCCAUCUUGUAUACUGGAGAUGAAAAAUGGGCUCAUAGUUAAGCUAAAGAAGCGAGAGGUGUAA